CCCACCAUCUUCGCGAGCUUUAAGAAUACAGGCAGCAUUGAAUCAACUCAUUCUCUCCAACAUACAUCAACAUAUUCGUUCACUCAUACGAGCUACGCCGUUGAAUUUGUUACCAAUUAUCGCGAUUUCUGGGUUGAGGGCACCUCAGGCCUCACCGCCACCCCACUUCAAAGACUUGGCAGACUUGCCUGUUACAAAAAGAGCCGCGAAACAAAGACUCGUCGACAUCUACCAACCUCGAAAUGUCGACUCCAGGCUCAGACCAAAAGCCCUCGGGAUCGCUUGCAGAUCGCAUCUCGCAGCCCCCAAAGAAUGCUGACGCGCCAACCGCCGCUCUCGCCACCAACGAAACCAAAGCAAAGACCUCGUGGGCAGACGAGGUUGCGUCGCCACCCGCUGAAUCGCCCAAAGAUGUAGACAAGGCUCAGGUCGAUGGCAGCACCGAGCAUCAAGGCGGAUCUGCCUUGCUUCCAGCAGGAGAGUACGAGGUGGAAGUGAAGCUCAGCGAUAUCCAAGGCGACACCUCGAGCCCUCUGUACUCCAUCAACUCGUUUGAGGAGCUGGGAAUCUCUGAACAGAUCUUGAAGGGCAUCUACUCGAUGAACUUCAAAAAGCCAUCCAAGAUCCAGGAGAGGGCCCUCCCUCUUCUCCUCGCCAACCCGCCAUCCAACAUGAUUGCGCAGUCUCAGUCCGGAACUGGAAAAACCGCUGCGUUCGUCCUUACGAUUCUCUCUCGUAUCGACUAUAGCCUGAAGCAGCCACAGGCCUUGGUCCUGGCGCCAAGUCGAGAGCUUGCCCGCCAGAUCGAAGGUGUUAUCCGAACCAUUGGACAAUUCGUUCCCGAUCUCGUGGUCCAAGCGGCGGUCCCUGGUUCUGUGGAGAAGGGAAAGAGACUUGAGGGUCAAGUGGUUGUUGGAACUCCAGGAACUGUCAUGGAUUUGAUUAAGAGGAGGCAAUUUGAUGUCAGCAAGGCCAGCCUCCUGUGCUUGGAUGAGGCAGACAACAUGCUCGACCAGCAGGGUCUUGGGGAUCAAUGUCUCCGUGUCAAGCACCUGCUUCCAAACCUCACCCAGAUCCUACUCUUCUCAGCUACCUUCCCCGACGAAGUCAUGCAAUACGCGAGGAAGUUCAGCCCCAAGGCGAAUGAGAUUAAGCUCAAGCACGAAGAGCUCACCGUCGCCGGAAUCAGUCAGAUGUUUAUGGACUGCCCUUCGGAGGAUGGAAAGUACGAUAUUCUCGUCAAGUUGUACGGUCUCAUGACCAUUGGAUCGUCGAUUAUUUUCGUCAAGAAACGAGAGACUGCCAGCAGAAUCGAGAAGGCCAUGAUUGCUGAUGGCCAUCAAGUCGCUGCUCUCCACGGAGCCUUUGAGGGCGCAGAGCGUGACUCCAUCAUCGACAAGUUCAGAUCUGGAGAAGCGAAGAUCCUCAUCACCACCAACGUUCUCGCCCGUGGAAUCGAUGUGCAGUCCGUGUCCAUGGUCAUCAAUUACGACAUCCCGAUGAAGGGCCGCAAUGAGACCGAACCCGAUUUCGAGACCUACCUCCAUCGUAUUGGACGCACUGGGCGAUUCGGACGUGUGGGUGUCAGCAUCAGUUUCGUGUUUGACAAGAAGAGCUUCAUGGCACUCAAGGCUACCGCGGAGCACUACGGCAUCGAUCUGAUCAAGCUGAACUGGGAGGACUGGGAUGAGACGGAGGAUAUCGUGCAGCGCGUCAUCAAGUCGAGCCGCGCGGGUACAAAUUUCAAGGGCAACUGAUUAUAUGGGGGGGUUGAUACCAGGCAGGAUAUGAGAAAAAUG